UUCAGUUUCGACGAAGAGAAGCAGAGCGCGAAGGAUUUUGGGUAGGACAUCCUUAGGUCAGCCAUAUUGCGGUGGUCCGUCUGAAGGAGAGAGAGAAGAUGAGGGGGAUCCGGGGAAUAAGCCAGUUAUCGAGACGCUUCUAUGCGGCCACUCAAAGGGACCAGCCCUUGACUGUGCCUCUGCCGGGCAUCAAGGUCUCGGCAGGUGCCCCUCACAUGUACCAGGAUGUUCAUGUGACAAAAUUGCCUAGUGGGUUAGUGAUUGCUUCCUUGGAAAACUAUUCUCCUGCUUCUCGGAUUGGUGUGCUCAUCAGGGCUGGAAGUCGAUAUGAGACGAUCGAUAACCUCGGUGUCACACACUUGCUUCGUCUGGCUGCCAGUCUGACAACCAAGGGAGCGUCUGCCUUCAAGAUCUGCCGCGGUGUUGAGGCUGUAGGGGGAAGCUUAAGUGUGUCAAGCUCCAGGGAAAACAUGGCAUACACUGUAGACUGCCUGAGAGAUCAUAUUGACACUGUUAUGGAGUAUCUGAUCAAUGUGACCACUGCACCGGAGUUUCGGCCAUGGGAAGUGUCAGACCUCACUGCCAGGGUGAAACUGGAUAAGGAACUUGCCAAGCAGACUCCACAGAUUGGUGUCAUUGAGAAUUUGCAUGCUGCAGCUUAUAAGAAUGCCCUGUCCAAUUCCUUAUACUGUCCAGACUUCAUGCUCGGCCAAAUCACCGCAGAACAGAUGCACACCUUUGUUCAGAACAACUUCACAAGUGCAAGAAUGGCCCUUGUUGGUCUUGGUGUGGAUCAUGCCGUGCUUAAGCAGGUUGGGGAGCAAUUCCUGAACAUCCGCAGUGGAGCAGGCACUGUUGGUUCCAAAGCCAUGUACCGUGGAGGUGAGCUGAGGCAUCAGUCUGGAGGAGGACUGGUUCAUGCGGUCGUGGCGAGCGAAGGUGCAAGUGCAACUUCAGCUGAGGCCACUGCAUUCAGCAUACUGCAGCAUGUGCUUGGAGCAGGACCUCAUGUCAAGAGAGGCUCCAACACUACAAGCAAACUGAGUCAGGCCAUCUCAAAGGUCACUGCUCAGCCCUUUGAUGUGUCUGCUUUCAAUGCCAACUACACAGAUUCUGGUCUGUUUGGCGUUUACACCAUCUGCCAGUAUAAUGCUGCCAAAGAUGUAAUCAAAGCAGCAGUCAGUCAAGUGAAUGACAUUGCACAAGGAAACCUUGGAGCAGCUGACCUCAGCAGAGCUAAGAAUCAGUUGACGGCUGAGUACUUGAUGUCUAUUGAGAGUUCUGAGGGCUUAAUGGAAGCUAUUGGUUCACAAGUGCUGGCAGAGGGUACCUACCAUUCCCCCGAGUCUGUGACCCAGAAAAUCAAUGCUGUGUCUUCAGCUGAUGUUGUCAAUGUUGCAAAAAAAUUCAUGUCUGGCAAAAAGACGAUGACCUCCAGUGGACACUUGGUCAACACACCUUUUGUUGAUGAAAUCUGAUGGGCACACAUUUUAUCUUUCAACAGAGUCUAACUCUUCUUUUCAUUAUAAUGAAAUGAGGACGUGUUCACGAUAUCUUUAUUGUUCCUGUCCAAAUAAAAAAAUAAAAAAAUAAAUAAAAUAAUUAGGUUGUCAUCAACUGUCGGUCUUGAGAUUUGUAAUAUUAUAUAAAGUGGAGUAAUCUGAAAAGAAGAACUCCGCACUUGCCCAGUUGAAAUGUAUAGAUGUAAAUUAAUAAAGUAUCUUACCAACACCAACAAACAUUUAUGAAACAAGUUGUGAUUUGUGAUCCUCUUACAGCUUCUUUAUAACAUCAAUGCACUGAAAUUAAAUUAAAAAUAUUACCUUUUUGAAAUCUGAAUAUAAACUAAUGGUAACAGACUAGUGGUAUUUUACUGCUUUGUUUUUGCAAGAAACAGGCUUCAAAGAACCAUGAAAACUUGUGUGUAAGUAUAUAUAUGUGAAGAGUUUAUUUGCAAAAACAAAUAAUGUUUUUAUUGUGUUAGCUGUUUUUUUUAAAGUUAUUUUUUAACCUAGUCAAAAAAAAAACAACAACUGCAGUUUGAUUGAGAUUAAUUGGAAUGCACAAUGAAAAAACAUGAUUUUUGAGAAUUGUUAAAAACGGAGUUGUCUGUUUUUGCAAAUUAACUCUUCAUAUAAUGGCAAAAAGUCAUCAGAAAGUCAAAGAUCAUCCUGAUCGUGGAUGAAAAAAUGUCAGGAAAAAAAUGAGUGAUCUGGUCAAAAGGCCGAGGAGCACUUUCAGGAAAAGUUAGUUUAAGUUUGUGUAAUAUUUAUUAUCAAGAUCACGGAGAGGACUGUUCAUUCAUACAAAUCUUAACUGGUUUAAAUUGAGCAAAUGCCAGGUAAAAAACAAAAACACAAACACCCUUGUCCAACAAUUUAUUUAUUAUAUGUAUUACAUUCUUUAAUAUCCUUAUUGCGUUCACUACAGUGUUAAUAUGUAUAACAUGAAAAUAAAUAUUUUAAUCUCUUAA